AAUACGUAAAUGGUUUUUAAGAAUUCUUGAAAUUACCAUCAUAACAUCCUAAUAGCCCUAGAUAGUAGAGAUCUUUUUAUCAUCAAUCCUUCCUUCAUCUUCUUCUUCUUUUUCAAGUGAUUCUUUUGAUUACUUACAUUCAAACUAUGGUUUCCGACUUAAUUUCUCAGAGUCUAACACAUCAUUGCUCUACUCCAAUUGUGAGAAGUAAAAGUCAAGAAUCUGAUUUGGUCUUAUAUCCUCAGAGUCAGAGUCAAGCUGAGCGGAGUGGAAGAAGCUCUUCGGAUCCUCCUGAUCGCAUUUCAAGAAGUCAAACUCGAUCGAGUGAAUCCAACGGUAAAGCAAGAACUUUAUCGAAUUCGGCAAUUUUACAAAGACGUCUUUUGAAUGAGAAACUGGCCUUAGAGAUUCGGAUUGAUCGAUUGACAAAAGUUAUCGGUCAUGGUAGUAGUACUUCUUCUCCAACUACUAAACCAUCGAUCUUCCAAGUUGAAAAUCUUGCGACUCAUUUGAGCGAAUUCGCCAUAAGUCAUGCUGUGCCUAAGCUGGAACACUUGCAGCAUGCACCUCUAAAGCCACUACCUGAUGGUCCAUUUUGUGAAUCUUUCUUAACCAAUGUAGAUAGAAUCGUAUCUAAAAAUCCUCCAGACAGUCUCUUUGAAGCUAGCGAACCGCAGGCCACUGGUAUCGGUCUUCUGGGACUUGGUUAUGGACCGGCUGAUAUACCCACCCUGUUAAAUAAGAUUCCCACAUCAAUCCAAGUAGCUCAAUGUCUCGAAAGCUACGAAAGGACAUGUGCCUGGCUUCAUCGGAUUCUUCAUCGGCCGACAUUUUGGAAUGAAGUAAAUGAACGAAUCGUCAAAAGCUCGAAUCCCAUCGAGAAGAUCGUAAACUCAAUCAAUGGUUACAAAGCCCUUCAUUGGUUAGCGAUCCUUUUCGCGACUUGCGCUUUAGGCCUUUAUAGUGAUGAGAUCAAUAAGGAAAAGUGUCAAGAAAGCCACUUACCAAUUGGCGAAGCUUCUCAACAGCAAGUCGCUAGGAUGUGGCUACAAUGCGCUACAAGCGCCUUGAUACUCGGUGGUAAAUCAUCAUCAUCACUCUACAUGAUCGGACAAACUUUAUUGAGACAGUGA